AUGUCUCCUUAUCGGGUUGUUUUUGGUAAGGCAUGUCAUCUACUAGUAAAAGUGGAGCAUAAGGCAUUCUGGGCGAUUAAGCAAUGUAACCUAGAUAUAGAGGCAGUUGGCUCGCAUAGGAAGCUUCAAUUACAAGAGUUGGAGGAGAUUCGUAGAGAAGCAUAUCAGAACUCCAACAUCUACAAAGAGUAUACCAAGGCUUUUCAUGAUAAGCUAAUAGGGCGUAAAGAGUUCCAUAUUGGUGACAAAGUCCUUUUAUAUAAUUCUAGACUUAAGUUAAUGCCCAGUAAAUUGAGAUCUAGGUGGGAUGGUCCCUUUCUUGUUAUUAACGUUUUUCCUUAUGGUGUUGUUAGACUUCAGGAUAUAGGAUCGCAAAGGAGGUUCAAGGUUAAUAGGCAUCAGCUCAAGGUUUUUCAUGAGAGCUUGGGGGAACAUAAACAAGAGGAGGUCACUUUUGAAUUGGCCACCUACCCUGAUUUAUAA